AUGGCGGCGGUUCGGUGCGCGGCGAGGAGGCUCGGCGGCUCUCUGCUCCAGCGAACGCAGGCGGCGGUCGCGGAGGAGGGACGCCUGCUCGUGCCAAGCAGGCUCAUGCGCUCCCGCCAGCUCUCCACCAAGGUCUCCGGCGAGCGAUCGCAGGUGGCGGAGCGACACCUCCUCGAGCCAGGCAGCCUCAUGCGCUCCCGCCAGCUCUCCGGCGAGCAUGCUCGCAACAUCCAGAAGAAAGAGGAUGACUGCUGGGCGGGGUUCAAUGAGACGCUAAAGAGGUUGGACGAGCUUCAAAAAAAGAAGAAACCAAGUGUCUUUCAGCAGCGCAUGAUAUCCAUCGACCGUGCGUUGAAGAGUUUGGUCUAUGGAUCUUUCAAGGUGACAGUUGUGUAUGUGGCUGCUGCUACUGCUUUCUCUGGCAGUGGGCUAGAAGCGUAG